AUGUCAUUCCUCGAGACGGUCGCCCUCGAGCACGUGCCGUCCACGCACAGUGUCCAUGUCGCCUUGUUCAAGGGCGUCACCAACGCGGGGUUCCUGCAGUCGCAACUACUUGCCCGCAACGCCGACUUCGAAUACGCCUUCAUCGACGCCACCACCAUUGUCUCCAGGCUGCAGGUACUAGCCGCAGCCUACAAGGCUGUAUCUGUACUUCUCGAGGGAAGACUGAAGUCGCCCAAUGUCCAUGCUGAGGCUGUUCUCGCCCUCAGCGCAAGCAACAACAUCUCAGAAGCCUACCGCCGCUAUGGAAUCUCGCCUGAAGUCAAAGACAUCAUAAUUGUCAAGGUCCUGUUCCCCACCGACGACAAACCCCAGCCACCUACUGCCGACGACGUUUGGAAACAUCUCUCUGAAAGCGUGGAAGGCACAGCUGUGCCGUUUACCGACGACGAAAUCGCCAAAUCGACCGACUGGUCCAAGGUCUCCAAAUACUACAAGCUCAACGGUGUGCCUUCCCUGAAGGGCAUCAAGGACGAAAAGAAGCGGCUGAAAGAGGCGGAGAUGCUGGUCCUGAGCUCUAUGGCUUUGCGUGGAGUGUAG